AUGGCAUUGCUGCGUCAAAGGAUCGAGAACUCGGUUGUGGCCCGGUCGUUUGGCGUAGAAGUCGCUCUGGACCGCGUCCGUCGCUUCGCGCGAGCUGCCUACGGGCCUUACGUCUCCACGGGACAAACAAUGUCUCUUGACGACUUCAUCCUCAGGUCCCUCGGCGACGCGACUACGCAGAGUCUCCUUCAGUGCCUCAUGUUCUUCGCAUAUGGCGCACUGCACCUUCACGAGUCCGACUGCGUGAUGCCAUGGCUGGACCUGGCCCCAUACUGUGUACUGGACUACCUCGCACCCGACCCUCACCUCAUCGUACCUACCCGCCCCUUCAUUCCGUUCGAUGGCACAAGUAGAGCAGAAAGCGCUCUCCGACGUACCAACAUGCUCCCGCUGUUCUUCAAGCGGACGCGGACUGAUGGUGGCCUGGGAGUGAGUGUCGCGGCGGAUGCCGAUUACGAGGCGAUCCCACCGGACACAGCCACUCGCAUAUCCGGCAGCUCGCUGAAGGUCAGAGUCAACCUUCUCAAUUACGCACCAUAUGAGCGCCAGAUUCAGCUACGCUGCCGCCCGAACGAGACUGUUCCUGCGCGGAGACUGGCACGACUCGUGGCUGCGAAGGUUCGUGACUGCAUCGAGAAGGCGAGUCAAGAGAACGUGGCGAUUGUCAAUUGGGAGAACCCGAACUGGAAGUUCGGCACUGGUGUCGAUUGUUACCGGGUCGAGCAUGUCCUUCUUCUUGGUGUAGUCUUCGUCUCGCCAGGAAAAGUGACUCCGCUGCUGCAAGUACGUCCGCUUCCGGUACCACUGACUCAUCCGAACAAUUUCGUGAUCGAUUACGGACUACUUUACUGA